GCUCAGCCCUGCGCCUCCCCCCCGCAUCUGGCCGCUGAGAGUGGGCGUGUGCUGUGUGCAGACAGGCCUCCUGGCGGGCUCUCCCCGCCUCCUCCAGCUCAUAGAGACACAGCCACACGCGCCUGCUGCGGCCGCCUGCCCCAGAGCUCCCGCCUGCCCAUGGAGAUGCCUGCCCCUGUCCUGGCGUUGGUGAGAGGCCAGGCGCUGCCGGCCUUCCUGCUCUGCAGCACGCUGCUGGUCAUCAAGAUGUACGUGGUGGCCAUCAUCACGGGCCAAGUGAGGCUUCGGAAGAAGGCUUUUGCCAACCCCGAGGAUGCCCUGAGACACGGAGGCCUCCAGUACUGCCGGAGUGACCAGGACGUAGAUCGCUGCCUCAGAGCCCACCGGAAUGACAUGGAGACCAUCUACCCCUUCCUGUUCCUGGGCCUCGUUUACUCCUUCCUGGGGCCUGACCCCUUCAUCGCCCGGAUGCACUUUCUCGUCUUCUUCCUGGGCCGCGUGGUGCACACCGUGGCCUAUCUGGGCAAGCUUCGGGCACCCACCCGCUCCCUGGCCUACACCCUGGCCCAGCUCCCCUGUGCCUCCAUGGCCUUCCAGAUCGUCUGGGAAGCUGCCUGCCACCUGUGACCAGCAGCCGACACCUGCUCAGCCAGCAGACCGCUGGCCGCGAGCCCCCGUGACUGUACCCGGAGGGCGCCGGGCGGCCCUUGGGGAUUGUGCCUAGCCCAGGGACCCGGUUUCUUGGCAACCCACCGAGCGCGGGAUCCUGGGCACCGCGGGCCUGUGCGUGUUUGCCCAUGUGUGUGCACGCGUGUGGGCGGGCGUGCCUCUCGGACUUCUGGGUGGAGUGGCUGCCCGGACCGUGUGGAGAUGGCUUCUCAAGACUGACAGAAAAACCCUCCCACUCGAGCACCAGCGCAUUAAAAGCCGUGUUCCUUCUCCGUC